AUGAAUAAGGUCUCUAAGGAAAUGGAGGCCAGAGAUUUUCAGUUUGUUUCCCAACCUACCUCGUCUGUGCUUUCCUGAUCAACACAAAAACAUGAAUGGGUCUGAUCCAUUCUUCACAUUCUGACGUUCCUGUUUCUCUUUUCUCAUGGACAGGGAAUUGAUUUUGAUGAAGAUCAAAUAUCAGAAAUCAGCCUGGAAGAUGGGGAGGAUCUUCCUCCAAGGUAAUCCUGUGCUAAUCCCCUCCCCCAUAAUCAAUUGCUUUUAAAAAACAACCCGGUCCAUUUCUAUGGUGGGGGUGCUUGGGGUCUUUGAAGGAUGGGAGGCAAUAAAACCAUUUUACAAAAGUGCUACUCCUCCCUCCCCUCAGCAUCCCAACCACAGCUUCUCUGGAUGCAGCUGAUCUUCUUCCUGAAAGCGACAGCAGGGACCAGCUGAAGAACAGACUUACGGAUGUCGUCGCAGCGAUGAAGAGUGGGAAGAUCCGAAGGAAGGCGCUCCGAGAUCUUUCCGCCCUCCUGCAGAAGAUCCAGGAAUAUGUGAGUUGCGUGGCGAGUUCCCACCUCCCCCACGGAAAUAAAGACACAGGACACCAGUAUUUUAGGUUAAUGGGCAAAAUUAGGCCACAACUUUAUUGAUUACAGGAAUUGAGCGGUGUUGGCUUAGGCAUUGGUCCUAUCGACUAACCGGCUUCAGCCUGAUUGCUAGAAGACCGGCAAGGGUUAACCACCAGUAGGGGGAGUCCUGCUGAUGUACAUCAACUAGGAGCUCCCCCGGGGUCACCCCUCGGGGGCAUGCCUUGGGCCCACACCUCCAUAGGCUUCGGACAGGGCAACGCCCCACGGAAUCCUUUACCGGACUACCCUUCGAUAUGGAGGAAGGUGUUGCUGCUUCCUCCCCCCCCCCACUCAUCUGCAUAACAAUACUCUUACCAAUGCCUCACCGCCAAUGCCGAGGAAGUUGUGACAAUUUGCUACGAGGUAGGCAAAAAACCAAAUGGCUGGUGCCAAUUUGCCAAGUGGAAAAAAUUCCUACCAGGCCCCUUGACGGCAACCAACCAAAGUCCAUAGCAAUGUCAAAGAGCCAAACCUAAAGGGUGGGAGGGUGGGAAAACCGGAGCUGCUGGGGCGCUGGGAGAAAAAGGGAAAUCCUCAGGCGCGCCGGCCCUAAAUAGUGCUGACCACGCCUCCCGGGCCAGCCGAUUGGCUGGCAAGGGAGAUGACGCGCCCGAGGAUUCCCUGCUCUCGCGGGGGCUGCGAGCCAGCCCCCGAGUACGUGGGAGGAAGGCAUGAAGCCCACAACCGCACCUCCUCUCCAGCUCAGAAGUGGCUUUACUGAAGGGAAGCAUUGCAACCAUGCAGGGCUGUCAAGGCCUUCAGGCUGCUGCUUCUAGGCCCACCCUGCAAGGUGCCCAAGGGACAAUCAGGCAUCCCAGCACAUCCUCAAUUUGGAGAACAGAGCUGGGCCAUAGUGAGUAAAAUGGCUGAGAAAAGAAGAAAAAAGCAAACACUAGGAAAAGAGGGGUGGGAAGUCAAAAAGAAAUGGAUUUUUUUCUGUAGUGGAUGCUAAAUGUUUUGGAAUGUUUGGAAGAUUUAAUAAAAAUGUUAUAGGAAAAAUGGUGAUGGGUUGCUUCUCUUAUCAGUCCCUUCUCUGGGUUUCUUCUCAGCCAUCGGUAGCGGUUCCUGCAUGCUCCUAUGGCCAACUGGUGGCGAUUUCCUGCCUUUGUGCAUUGGAUCCGGACCCGGAGAGCAGGCAGCGGGCAGCAGAGGCUCUCUGCCAUCUUCUGCCCAUCCUGCGGUGCAACGAAGGUAAGACUAGAAGAAUGUAUCCCAGCAUGGGGUGGGGGUGAGCAAGACCCAAACUAACCCUUUGGCUUUCCUUUGCAGAGAUGCUGGCACGAACGUCAUGGAACCAAACGCUCAUCUUCAGAGCUGAGAAGGUCCUCAAAUCCACCGGAGGACCGGUUCCUGAAUUGUUCGUGAAUAAUUGUUACUCUCUUGCCAGGGUAAGUCGCUGUCUCUCAAGCCACAUGUUCUGGGUUCCGCAGAGGCAGCACCUGGGCUUUCUGCUCCCCAGCCCUGCCCUCUGGGCAUCUCUGACCUUCCUCUCUUGCUUCAGGUCUUUGGUGCUUUUCUCCCUGCGGAGCAGCUCUUGGAGGCCGUGUGCUUCCUGGCCAGAGACCUGGUUGUCGAGAGCAGCUUCAACCCGUUGGAUAUCUCCCACUUACUGCAAGAAUUCAUCAAGCAGUUUGGCGGCACAAAAGUGAAGGUAAGGCGUCUGCAAAGGUGGGAGAGAAGAAGAUUCUCUGCUUUGAUGUAGGGGAGGCAACCUCAUGCCACUGGGUGGCCAGGAAACAUGUUAGUUGAGAGGGGCCUGGCAAUGUCAGGACAAGAACCUCAGCCAAGGGUCCUGAGAAACAUGGGUUCAGGGAUGGGAAAUCCUCCUCCUUCUGGGAGCAGACUGGCAAGCUUCUUCUCUUGGCCCACAAUGGAUAGGGGAACUGGUGCCCUGGAGCUGCCUGGGUCCAAUACUCCCCAGGACCCUGAGUGGUACCUUGGAAGGAAGAGGCUGUGGUGGCACAGGUCAAGGGUCCCUCUUUCAAUGAGGGAUGGAGGGAUCCGCCUGCAGACAGCCCCGCUUCCUUGUACUCUCCAAGCAACCCUCUCCUUUUCUCUGACAGGUGAAGGUGCUGCUGGAGGCCUUCUAUAAGAUCAGCCAGGGGCCUACAGUGCAAGGCAGAAGCAUGGCCGUCUUCGCUUUGUCCAUCUUGUCGCACCACCACCUGGCGACAGUGGUUGAAUAUCUCCUCCAGUUUCCUUUCGGGUAUGGAGCCCUCCAGGUUCUACUGGGCUAAGGGGGAGGUUGGCAAGCUGCAGGGCUUGCUCAGAAAGCCCUUGCUGCCAUUUCCUCUCUCUGGAGCAUGGCAGCAAGCAGGAGACUUGAAUCUGACCAUUGCUCUUGUUUUUGCAUUCACAGACACUGCGAGAGAGUGUGGAAGGAGGUUUUAGCAUCGGCCGACCCAGAACAACUGAUCCAUCUCACGGCCGAGCAGCUUUACGAAAGCCCCUUGGCGGAAUCUGCCACCGAAGUGGUAAGGACCAACCACCUGCUUUCUGGCUUCCUUCUUCCCAGGGAAUAUCUAGGGAUUCCUGUAUUCUGCAGAAAAGCAGGGAAAGUGACUUGCACUUCUCUCUCUUCCAGCAACAUCUCACCAGCCUGUUGCACGCCAUCCUCAGGAUGGAGGACUACAAGGCAGCUGUGCGCCAGAACUUCCCACAGCUGCUCAUCGCUCUCCUGGGGAUGGUUAUGAACUUCCACUAUGACCAGGAAUUCCUCGGGUGAGUAGUGUGUUGCAAAGGGACCAAUGGAGUCCUUUCCCCUUCAACCUUGGGGGGUUUCCGGUCCAGCUUGGUUUUGCAAGGGAGGCUCUCCUUCAGGCAGCUGCUGGGGAAGGAAUUUGAGUGUGUGACAAUGACCCUCCUGGUGAACAUGGUCUUGCUUUGGUUCCAGAGGGGCUAAGGAAGUUCUGCACCUCCUUCUUGGCACCACUGGAGAGCAAGUGGAGGCGGCCAUCGUUGACCAACUUUUCUGCCGGGAGACUUUCAGCCAGGGGUUGUCUGCCAUGGUGAGGUAAGAGGAAGAACGCGGUGACCUUCCCCAGUGGUCUGGCAAACGGAGCUGAAGGCACAGGAUCGGACUGUGCCCCUGUUUGCUUUCUGCGGUGUCUUUCCCUUCCUUACCGAGAUCUCCUUCUCCAUUUCAGAGCCGUCGGAAAGCGACGCUGGUGGAUCCCUCCCAUGGUGGAAAAUAUCAUCGCUGCUCUCGAGGACCAGGAGUUUGCCGGAGUGCCACAAGUCGCGGCAGCUAUCUACAUCGAGGUGAGGGGGACUGACGCGGGAGGAAAUGGGUGCAGCAAGGAGGCCCUGGCUUGGUUUCUGCUGAGUGUUGGGCUACUUUGAGCCUAAGGAUUGUUGCCUGUUUUAGUGCUCCUCAGAGUAGACCCAUUGGAUUUGAUGUACAUGACAAACUUUGGUACAUUCACUUCAGUGGGUUUGCUCUGUGCAGAAUUGCAAAUGGUGGGUAAAAGGAGAACCUGCCUCAGCCGCUCAUCCCUGAAGAGUUUCUUUCUCUUUGGGCCUCUUUAGCUGCUCAGCUGCCGUCUGGAGGUCUAUCCCUGUGAAGAUACACUGGAGCAGCUCCUCAACUGGCUGGCACACGACCACCUGCAAGUCCGGAAGCUCAGCGUCAGAGGGAUAUCCCUGCUUCUGGACUCUGACAUGGCAAGUGAUGCUCAGAGGGAGGGAGGGGGGGUACAGAUCUUGAUUCUAAUCAUGGCCCAGCACUCUUUUGCUGGCACAAUACUGAAGGGCCUGUGCCAAAAGGUGUGAGGCCUUUCAGACCUUUGAAAAGAUUCUCUCUUUUGUGUAGGACCCUUCGCUUCUGCGGCUGUUGCUGCUGGAUUCCCUCCCUUCUGCAGAAGCCGAUGUCCUCCCGGAGUUGAUAGAGCUGGUAGACCAAGCCUACCAUUCCAGGGAGCUGGGAGAGGAAGACCUGAAGAUGCUGGCGGCAACCUACUGCGGUCUGGCUGCCCAUGUGAGUAUGAGGGAAAACAUGACACCACACCCGAUGGAGGAGGAAUGCUUUGGAAGAGGAAGGGUGGGGUUUAGACUGGCAUGCAACAGAGAUGUUCUGGCUUCAGGAGGGUGUUCCUCUGGAACACCUUCUCUUGGAAGCCUGCCUGGAAAACGCAGGGAGAGAGUCACCCCUGCCCCCAGUCUCCCCCAGGAGGAGGAUAGGGGGCUGAGCAGCCUCAAAACACCCCAGUGGGCAGGAGAAAGGAAAGUGAUCUGAUGAGAAACACAACCUCUGAUAUUUUCUGCCUACAGGAAGAAGCCUCCGUCCGGGCAUCAGCCAUCCAACAUCUGGGGCUGCUUCGGGGCUGGGUGAGAGACCAAAGGCUUCCCAUAAUAACAACAACAACAGAAGAAGAAGCCAUUUACGAACUGGUUGUGGUCCUCAUUCACCUCGAAGACGAGGAUGAGGUGGCCAAGGUGAGGGCCAAAGAGGUGGACUUACACAGCAGGAGGGAGGGAUUGUUCUCAGAAGCUUCCGAGACUAUGUACCGCAAUUUGUAACCCUCUUCUCUUCUUGUGUUGCAGGCCGCAAGGAGGGCUCUUUCCCAUCUAGCCCCACAAGUGAAGUGGUGGGCUCGUUCCAACAAAUUUAGCCUCCACUUUGCUCUCCACCAGGCUGCCAAGCAUCUGGUAAGGCCCCUCUGCUUCAUUGGCAGCUUUGCCCAGGCAUGUAUUUGGGAGUGCAAGGCUCUUCUGCCGCGCUCUCAAGCUUCUCUGAUGCCGCUUCUCCUUUGUCUUUGCCCACAGAGCAAGACCUUCAGCAAGGACAUCCUUCGGAGUGCUGCCUUGACAUGUACGAAGCCGUCCGCCAACAGGCUGCCAUCAGUCUCCAGGGUGGCAGCUCUGCUUCUGGGUAAGUCAAGCAACGUCCUUCCCUGGUAGGGAUGGACAGAAACGUCUUGGUAACGAUGGCAGGGAGGAUGGACAUGUCCCCAGGCCACCUGCUAGGUAGGCCUCCAUCUGUGCCCAGAUCUUGCGCUGAGUGCUCCGCGAGGGUGGAGGCCUCUAGACGCAGCAGAGCAUACCUGUCCUCCUGCCGAGCUGCGUCUGUCUCCGCUUGCUUUGCACCGAGAUGACGUCCCUUUUCUUGCCCUUUCUCUCUCUCUAGGUCAUCUGGCUUUCCGGGAUGCCAGUUUCAUCCACGAUCAAGACAUGGCAUCCUAUGGAACAUGUGAGUGAGACGUACGGAGGGCAGGGAGGGAUGCUUCUGCUGAGAAAGGUCUUCAGGGGAAGGCAAAUUCCCAGAUGUAUGUUCAGACAGAGGUGCCACAAGAUGAACAUGCAAAGAGAAUUGGAAUGUGACUUCACUGCUCUCUCUCACACACAAACACACCUGACGGCUGUUUUCAUAUUGUUGAUGGAUGGCUCUUUUCCUGUGUAUCUCCGCCUUGCUCAACCUUUCUCCCUUGCCACUCAGGGCUAGAAGAGAUGCAGCAGCACGAGGAAGAAGGGCUCAGGCAGACAGGGAGGAGCUGCCUGAACAUCAUGCAGCAGGCCUAUAAACAUCGGAAGAAAGGCAGGGUCCAGCGCUUUUUGAGGAGGCUGCUCCACUGCGUUCACAGGGAACCUUACCCACAGGAAUUCCUGAGCUGCAUGCCAGGUGAGUGAGGCAUCUGGUGGGCUAUUGGGACAUCUGGUGGGCUGUUUGGAGGUGAGUUUCUCAAGGAGCCUCUUUCUCCUCCUGACAGAACAUCCGCAGUAGCGCCAGGCCAAGGCAACGUAACAUCAGAGUUGUGCUGCAGAGAUACCAUCUUCUGCUCUCCGCGGGAUCCAGUCUGGACCAGCGCCAGGAACAUCAACGCCAUCAGGAUGGACCAAGAGGAGUGGUGCUGCCCUCACGACCCUCCGUACACAGCGGUAGGAAACCUUUUUGUUGUUGUUGUGUUUCUUGUUGAUGUUGUUUUGGAUUGUUGGUUUUUAUUGAUUUUGAAUCUCAGGGUGGUUCACAACACCAACUAUAGGAAGCACAAAAUACAUAAUAAGAAUAAUCACUGCACAAAAUUCAUAAUAAAAAUAUCAGAACAUAAUAUAAAUUAAAAUAAUAAAAACAUACUAAAAAGAGCCACAAGACUAAUGUAUGCACACUAAUAAACAAUAAAAGAGCCCUGAAACAACACUCCAGCCCACCAAUACAAAAUCUAAAUCAACAUAACACAUUUAACAAUCAUUUAAAACAACCCCACCUUCUUGAAGAAGGCUGAUAUAUUAGAUUUAGAAGGUUGGAAUACGAGGUUUGGAUGGCACGCCUACCUAACAUACAACAAAGUGGCAGUGCAUAAGGACUUUUAAAAUCAUAUAGUCAGAAUUUCAUUAUACAAGGUCUGGGAUAAGUACCACAGACUAUUAGAGCCCAAAAUACCCUGGUGGGUAUCCCCAGUGGAGAUGAUAACGGUAAAAAAGACAAACAUGGACACAAAUUGGGCAACUUAGCAACAAUUAAUAAAGGUAGAACAGGGCCAAUUAAAAAUCAAAUUGUAUGAAGAAAUUAAACAGUAUUGUAACGGCUGGAUUCACUAUCACCUAAUAGUGCAUAUAUUUAAUCAGGAUAAGAAAAUUGGUUUUGGAGAAAAGAAGUCAUUCUUACAAAAGGAAUUAGUACAAAUUUAUAAAAAGACCCUAUCUAGGAUGUAUGAUCUACUUUUGGAAUGGGAACUCAAGGAUGAGAUGCUAAUGGAUGUUAUGAUAAAGUGGGCGCAGGAUUUUGGCCACAACAUAAUGUUAGCUGUGGAAAUUUGACAUCAAGUUCACAGCAUGCUAUACAAUAAGGGAGAAUCUAAUGAAAAUGAUCUACCAAUGGUACCUAACCCCUGCCCCGAGGAAUCGGCAAAAAUCUAUAAGCAAAAAACCAAUGUGUGCUGGAGAUGUAACACCAAGAUAGGAACAAUGUACCAUAUAUGGUGGGGUGUAAGGAGAUAAAAAGCUUUUGGAACAAGUUCAUGAAGAAAUCAUUAAGGUUUUUAAAAAACCAUUCAACAAGAAACCAGAAGCGUAUGUUGCAAGCAUAAAAUCUUGAUUCUUAAGAUUUUAGGCACUUCUAGCCUUAACAAUUUAAGCAUUAUUAGGAUACAUGGUUAUACAUAAAACGUAAAGGUAAAACUCUUCCAGGUGGCCUUGCCACAUCCCCCUCUUUCAAGCUUAGAAACAAGUCACAGUUGUUUCUCCAGCUUGACUCUCAUGUUGAACCCCGGUAUAGACAACUGUGUCUCUCAAGGGGAUCUCUUCAGGGGCAUUUCAUGAAUUAGUUGAGCGUACUCAUGCUCUUCUUCUGGCAGAGGGGGCAGGGCUCGGUAUAUGGCCAUGAUGUGGGUUUCAGUGAGAUUCUUAAUGCUUUGGGCCACCAUUCCUCUGACUAGAGAUAUGCAGCAAGGGGUGAUGCAAAGAAGUAUUAGGAAGACUAAUCCUCCUACUGCAAUGGCGGUCAAAAGGCUAUGUAACCAUCAUACUCCUGGGACCCAAGACCACAUCCAUUCCCAAGGAUUCUGACUGGGUUGGUUAUCAUUUAUAAGGGCCUGUAAUUUUGGCAACUCGUCCUCAAUAGUGUUGUUGAGGUCAUGAAACUUCACUCUGCAUUUGCCUUCCGGGACUAUUUUACAAAAACCUCCUGAUUUGGCGAGAAGAUAGUCAAGAGCAAGUCUAUUAGCUGCUGCGAUCUGCUUCAAAUCCUCAAUCUCAGACUGCAACUGUCGGAGGAUAUGUGUAGUGGCAUUGAUGGUUUUCUCCAACCUACAUGUUAGGGCAAAUAGUGCUUCACGGUUUUGUUCAGCCACAACUCCCAGAUGUAUGCCGAUGGUGAGGAUGCUAACGAAGCCUCCACCAACAGCACCCACAGACCGGGCCAGGAAAAUCUCAUCACUGCACUGUUCCCUUUGGACUUCUCUCCUCUUUCUGUUUCUAAGAGAGGGUAGAGGAAGAAAAGCCUCCACAGUCACAGGGAAAGUAAAGGCACCUAUUCCCACACACUGAUAAUUACCAGGGUGGUAAUUAGUGGCUAGUCCAUUAUACAAGAACCAAAGAUUGGGGUCCUUGAUCAGCCAGCCAGAACAGAUGGAUCCCUGUCCGGUGAAGUUGACUGUAUAUUGGGGAAAGUAUGGAUACAGAUAUGAGGAUGUGGUGUUGCUUUGGUAAGAGGCGUUGAAGCAACCCCACAACCAAAACUUACCAGUGCACUGUGUGUAAUUUCCCAGCCAACUUUUAUGUUGGUGGUGCUGGACAUGCGGCCAAUCUUUCCAUUUGGCGUUCCAUGAUCUAGAGGCAUAACAACAAAAGCACAAGCCCUGGGUGGUUCUGGAGAACCGGAAAUAUUGGUAGGAGGUAUCAUUCAUUUCAGAAGGAGGUGUCGCGAAAAGGCCACUUUGAUUAUACAGUAGGCCUGCCAAGACAAUGUCAGGGUCCCUGAUUAGUCCUGGGAUGAGGGACAUGUCAGCUACCUUUCUAGGGUGUUCAUAAUAAAGGGCAACAUUUUCUCCAUAUAUUUGAAACAUCUGCUUAGCAUUCUUUACAAAAGCAUUUUCUUUUGUCAUUGGUCUCCUCAAGGUCAAGAUGCACAUCAGGGUUAACAUCAACUUCAUCAUGAUCAAGGAACUCCAUGGGUUCAAGGAGCCCAAGGAUAGGAACAAUUCCUCUCCAAAGAAAUACUCCCUGUAUACGUAAAAGAAGAUAAGAAGGAGAACAGUUAUUAUUACUGUAAGAAGAACUGGAGGUAACCAAGACCAGAGCAUACCUGGAGAGUGAGCCAACCCUCCGUUCAGCUGCACCCAGUAGAGCCUCUUAGUGGUCCCCAGGUUCUGGUUGAACUGGAGUGGUCAAUUCACACUGUAUACACCCUGCUAUUGCUACUCAAAAAGGGUUUGUGGGUGGUGGAGGAAAGAAGGCUACUGUGACCAGUAUGGUGGGAGGAAGUGCACCUUGGGGUGGUGGGUGAGAGAACCCAACUACAGUUCUUUAAGGUUCCCCGGGCAUUUACCUCCAAUGAUAGGUUGGUCUCGGCCGAAACCCUUCUAAGGGUAUAUGGGUAUAUGCCACAGCUGCCUUGGUAAUGCUUGUACCCAAACGGGUAUGUACCAAUCAUGAAAAUACAAGGGGAUAUGACAUCCGUAAUCCUCCAACAACUCUACCCACUUAUCAAUUAUGUUCCCUAGCCCAUCCACAUUCCUUACUACUAUCUGUACAGCGGGUCUGUAUUUAAAUCUGGCACAAAUUGAGGACUGGCUGAUAAUUCAACUGGUAAAGAUCCUCCCAUCUGCCGGUGCAGUUCCUCAAUCUUCGGGUGUGCGUAGACUCACUGGCUUCUGGUGCAAUAGGAGCAGACCGGUCGUCUGGGGCUCGUGCCCUAACCCACUCCGGUGGGGCUAGGGGCAGGGGUUCCUGGUGAUCUUCAACUUCAGGGGGUCCAAAGGAUUCUGCUCACAGUUCCAAUGACCCUCAGACCACUUCAGACAAGAGUGAUCAAUCCAGGGGGUCACCUCGGCCACUUUCACCGUGGUAGGCAUUGCAAGCAAGAUGGCGUUGCAAGCAAGACCACGCCACUUAAGAGCCAAUGGGUUGUUCUUCCAUUCCUUCAUCCACACCUCAUCUCCAGGCUGGAAGGGCUGUAUGGGUUCAGCCAGGCUGAUUGGCGUACGAUCAAGGGCCCACCUGUUAAGAGAAAUCAAAACACGAGAGAGAAACUGGAUUUGUUCUGAUGUACUCUGUCCUCCCGUUUGUACUAAGUCUGCUCUUAUUUCUGUGGUAAGUGGAGGAGUUCUUCCAUACAAAAGCUCAAAGGGAGAGAGCUUUAGCCUCUUGGUGGGUGCACAUCUGAUCCUGAGCAAGGCUUCCUGCUCCCAUUUAAUCUGAAUUAUCCUUAUCAUUCUUUCUUUGUCGCUUAUCAUCACUUUAUAUAACAUCCCUAGUAUCCCUUUCUUCGUCAUUUGUCUUUUGCUCAGCACCAUAUCUAUUUUCAUUUGUUUCAUCUGCUCUUUCCAUUUUUAUUAAAUCAUAAAGUCCUUGCACUUUCAGCCAAUAUUGUUUUCCUAUUUUUUCUUUAAAAACUUUUUUUGUAAUUAAAUUCCCCUCUUCAUCAAACAUAUCUUUUAAUUUAUAAAAUCCCUGAUCUUCUAAUUUCUUCCACCAACCAGGCUCCCUUUGACCCUCCUGCAUAUAUUUUAACGGCAUCCACCUUGAGUAUGUUGGCAUCCAUUUUGUAUUCCAGUUCUUCCAGAUUCCUAACGCAGUUUUCCUUGGUCCUAUUGUCUUCUUAAAAGCCAUGUUAAUAUCUCUAUUAAAUAGCCCUUCUCUUCCUAUUCCUUCACUUAUUUCAUUCUCCAGCCUUAUCAUUUAAUCCCUUCCUUAUAUCCAAUAUCUAUUAGAUUUUUCAACUGGAACGUUUCAUAGUAAAAUUCUAAGUUCGGUAUUCCCCAUCCCAUCUCUUCUUGAGAUGAAUAAUUUGCUAUGUCUGGGGUUCUAACUCUUUUACUUCCAAAAAAUCCAAUUUUUAAAUACCUUAUUCCAUGUUUUGAACCAUAUUUUCCUAAUGGGUAGUAUAAUUACUUGAAAAUAAAAAUGAAAAUAAAAAUAUUUUAACUGCUCUAACCCUACCUAGAAUAGAUAAAUUCUUAUUUUUCCAUGAUUUUAUGUCUUUCUUGAUCUUUCUCCAUGCUUCUUUGUAAUUUACAUCUGGAAUCCUAGCACUAUUUUUAAUAGUAUUUACCCCAAGUAUUCAAUUUUUUUCCUGUUGAUAUCCAUCUUUGUCAUUUUUGCAAUUUCCUUCUUCUCCUCUUUAUUUACAUCCCCAAAUAAAAUUUCAGACUUCUCCAAAUUUACUCCCAAUCCCGACUCUUCUUUAAAGUUCUUCAGGAUUAUCAUAAAUUCUCUUACACCCUCUAAGGGGUUUGUAAAUAAUAAUAGGAUAGCAUCUGCAUAAAUCUUUAACUUAAUUUCUUCCUUUCCUUUCUUAUAUCCUUUUAUCCUUACUGAGUUUCGUAUUCUGUCUGCCAAGUACUCCAUAGCCAAUGCAAAUUGUAGUGGUGAGAGUGAACAUCCUUGUUUAACUCCUCUUUGUAUACUGACUUAAUCUGAAACCCCCUCAUUCACUCUGACCACAGCCUUCCCUUCUCUAUACAAUUCCCAGAUUGCUUCGACAGAGUUCUCUCCUAAUCCUACCUCCUGCAUAAUAUUCCAUAAGAACUUAUGUCUAAUUGUGUCGAAGGCCUUAUACACAUCCAACUUUAAGACCACCAAUUUUCCUUUUACCCUGCUUGUUAAUAAUUGUAUUUAUU